UGCUAUUCUCAUGAGGGAAAUAAACAGACAAGACCGGCUUUGAAAAACAGGUUUAUUUGACGGAUUCGGCGCAAGCUGCAAGUCGAACACGGCCCAGCGCCGUAACGCCAGCCUUGCGACCCAAAAUCGAAGAGCGUCGGUAGUCGAGUGCCACCGCUGCUGGUCGGCCGGCGUUCCGUCGAGACCGCGGGGAGCUGCUCGCCCUCGCGACGCCGCCUCGUCGUCGUUGUUGUGCGGGACGUCCGCGCGUCGGCGCCACCGCCGCGUCGCUGGCGCGCUGCUCUCGGGCUCUUGCGUCCCGCCCGCGUGCCCGGUGCGCGCGUGCGCAGUCCGGCCCCCUCGGAAGGCGGCCCCACGAGAGGUGCCCUCCCGCAGGCCCCUCCCCUCCCGGCGAGCAGUGGGGGCGCCCCCGCGGCGGCGGCGUCGGCCCCUCGGGCCGCAUAGCGAAGCCAGUGCUCGGCCGAGUCAGAUGUGCGCGGCGCCCGUGCGGAGGGCGGCAUGGCAGCAGCGUCGAACCCGUACAUCGGCACGUCGGCAGUGUCCAGCCUGACGUCGGUGCACCUGCCGCCGAGCCAGGCCAUGCAGGUGGCGGCAUCGCAGCCGACGGCGGGCUACGGCCGCGAGCCGCCCGAGAUGAAGUACAUGCCGCCGCAGCCGCACCACCAGGGAGGACCCAACGGCUUAUCGAGCCACCACCACCACCAGUGGGUGUCGCUGCAGACGGACGCCUCCAUGUGGUCCAUGGGGCCCGGCGGCAUGGCCGACAUCAAGCCCGCUCAGGCGGCCGAGCUGGGCCACCACCACCCGUUGAGCGGGGGCCACCACGCGCGCACGGCCACCGCGCAGCACAUGGGCUCGUGGCACCCCGCGGUGUCGCCGCACAUGGGAGCCAUGGGCGGCAUGCACCCGCAGCACCACCAACACCACCACCACCCGUACGGCGGCAUGAACGGCAUGCUGGGCGGCGCGGCCCAUCCGGCCAUGCGAGAAGUCCCUCACGCCGACCAGGUGCCCCCCCACCCGCACAUGCACGGGCAGCACGACCCGCGCGCGCUGGACCACCACCACCACCGGCACCCCAGCGAAAGCGGAGAGGAGGAGGCGCCUAGUUCGGACGAUCUGGAACAGUUCGCCAAGCAGUUCAAGCAGCGUCGCAUCAAGCUCGGCUUCACGCAAGCCGACGUCGGGCUCGCGCUCGGCACGCUGUACGGGAACGUCUUCAGCCAGACUACCAUCUGCCGGUUCGAGGCGCUGCAGCUGAGCUUCAAGAACAUGUGCAAGCUCAAGCCGUUGCUAGCCAAGUGGCUCGAGGAGGCCGAUUCCACCACAGGUUCGCCUACGUCCAUCGACAAGAUCGCCGCCCAGGGACGCAAGCGCAAGAAGCGCACCAGCAUCGAGGUGUCGGUGAAAGGCGCCCUCGAGUCGCACUUCCACAAGCAGCCCAAGCCGUCCGCCCAGGAGAUCGCCUCCCUGGCCGACAGCCUGCAGUUGGAGAAGGAAGUGGUCCGCGUCUGGUUCUGCAACCGGCGGCAGAAGGAGAAGCGGAUGACGCCGCCCAUCAACCAGCCGCAGGCUGGGGCACCCGGCGGACCCCCGACGCCGGACAUGAUGAUGUGCCACGGUGGAUCGCCAGGAGACAUGCACCACCACUCGCCGCCGGCCAUGAUGCAGUCGCCGCCGCCGCCGCCCCCGCCUCCCCACUCGGCGCUUCACCCGGGUCAGUCGCUGGCGGCCCACUGACCCACGCUGUACCCCUGCCUAUUCAGCUGCGACGACGCCUAGCCGUCGCCGGUCUGCAGGACAGGGGUGCGCGAGUGCGCCACACCCGCCGCGUACAAAAAAAAGUGCAAUCCCUCCCCCCCCCCUCCCUCCUCAUCACGUGCUCCGCGGCUGCUGCUGCUGCUGCUGUGGUGAUGGUGGUGGUGGGUGCCGCCGCCGUGUUGUGUGGCCGGACGGGGUCGCCCCGCUGUUUUGUACAUACAAGACACGCCGUGUGUGCGGACGAUUCUGCCGGGAGCCUUCUCCCGCCACCGGACCCGAUGCCUCCAGAGUAGUGCUGCUGGUGGUGGGUGCGCAGUGUACGAUGAUGCGUGCGCGGUCCCGUUUCUCGCCACCGUGUGAGCGAACCAUUGAUCCUUCUCCGCGGGGGGUGCGACAACACACAAGCAGCAAAGAAAACAAGGUGCCAACCAACGACUCUGCCGCGACGUCCUGCAGAAGCGGAGCUCCGCUUCGUUUCGCAGCAAAAAGUGACGCGACAGCCUGUAUACACACAACACCGCGCGCACUUGGACGACACCACAACACUCACGACACGCCACUUCGACUCGCGUUUUCACACGUUACACUGUAUACGCGUUUCUCCCCCCUCGACACCCACACUGAGACGGAGACAGGCAUGCCCAACUAGUCCAGGUAGGCAGACAUCACUUCUCUCGCUCACUUCGCCGGGUCCUUAUUAUUUCUGUUUGAAUCUUUUUUUUUUCUUUUUUUUUUUUAUAGCCGAGUGCGUUUUCCUGUACGAGCCUGGCAUUCUUCUUUUUUUUUGAUCUGGUCACUCUGCCGACGGAAUUUUUUUUCUUUAGAUACACGUUCCUCUUUGGCGUGCCCAUUACUAUAUUAAUUUUUUUUUUCCGCUAAGCUCUGUUGUGAUUCUGUUGUCAUUUAUGUUUUCUGUCGAUUUUCUUGCGGACUGUUCUGUCCAAUGGAUGCGUCUCUUCGCAGUUGCUCGACAGUUUGCUCGUGUAAACACAAGGGACUGAGUUCUAUAUGUGCAUGCAAAGACACCAUGUCGAAGAAAAAAUUGUGCUCAUAUGUUCUCAUAAAUCCUAUUCCUUUCUCAUAACGAGAGAGAGAGAGAAAAAAAAAGAGGGGGGGGGGUGUAGACUGGGGUUUAAGUAACGGAAGUAUCAAUCUGAAUAAGACCUCGAGACUUCAUAGCAAUAGCAUAGCCAAUCCGCCUAAGUUCGCACCCAUUUAAUAGCAUAUUGACGGACCGCUGCUGCCAGCGCAGCAGACCGGUAUCGCAUCAAACUUAUUCGUGCCUUUUAAGACGAGCCAACGCGUUUGAUUAAACCCAUGUCAUCAAGUGGCGUUCGCAACUGCUUAGAGGACGCUCCAGAAGGACUGGCUUGAGAACAGCCCGCUUCAUUUUUUCAUUGCCUGUGCCUCGCGGGCGACGCCCGAGCGAACAGUCCACAUCGGUCGCCCCACACGUGCGAGGAACGAUCGUAUACUGUCUUUCACAAGCGAGACGUAAUAUACCUCAAAAAACCACUUCGCCUGCUGCUCCAGUCUAUGUAAAACUUUUUUUUUUGUUUAAAUUUUGUUCGUUUGGUCAUUUUGUUCCGAUUGUGUAUGUGUGCGUCUGCGUAUAGAUUGCCGUUUCCUUAUACAUUGUGUUUCACGUGUUCGCUCUGUCUCUCUCUUAUUCUUUUUCGCUUUACUUUUUUUCGGUGAUUCGUUCUCAAAUUGUAUACCUAACGAAUGGAGCAUUGUGUGUCGGUCUAUAUCUAUAUAUAUAAAGUUCUUAGCGGCUUUGUGCCGAUCUCCUAGAAGGCAAGCGGAGACAGCCGACAUGUGAAUUCCGACGCGAAAGAGUGUUCUCUUUUCUGAAGUAAGCACGUGGCUGCGUUUGGCGCCGUGCAAGAAAAAGAACAAGAACCUUUCGGUCAGGACGGCGGGAGCAUCGUUGAACACGCUUAUACGGCUAACGAAAAUGAAGGCGUUAUACGAGGACAGUAUCUGAUCCGCCUCGGGGGCCUACGACGACAGCAAUAAACGCGCUAUACUACGGGGGUGGUGUUCGUGCUUAAUGAGGGACGUAUUUCUCUGUCUUUAGAAACGCCCGCGGAGAAAACAGUGCGGGUCGCGCGUGUCAAAGAGAAUUCCCGGUCGCGCUUUUUUCUCACACCUGCUUCUUCGAAGCCGAGCGAGUAAUUGUACCGCGGCGAUCGCUAAACGCUGGUGGCCUUUGCGAAUAUGGCACGCGUGUCGUCAGCUAUGUGCUAUUUUGUAGACGCGAUAGAUGGAGUACUGCAGCAGUUGCGAUGCGAAGCGACAAUGGCUUCGGGAGCCUCGAAAAGACGGCUGACCUUAUGUCGGCGUCGCUUAGCGUUGAAGCUUUGAUCCGCAGGUUUAAAGAAGAGCUAAAAAGAAAAAAAAAAAGUGGAUCAAAAUAAAUGCGCGAGUCGUGCUUGCUCGCGCGCCAGCUCGUCUUUCGCUUUCUGACGCUUCGCUUCAGAUGUGCUCGAAGAUUUGUCCGCCUUCCGUGUGCACACUUUCGCUUUUCGCUGAACGUUAGCUAAAAGCUUUCGCGUCGAAGACGCGUCGUUAAGCCGAUCCGCCGUGGUUGCGUAUAGUAGCUUUGGCGUUGCGCUUCUGAAUCCGAGGGGGCGGGAUCGAAUCCCGACCGCGGCGCGGCCGCAUUUCGAUAUGGGGAAACACAAGAACACCCGUGUACCUCGCAACGGGUGCACUUUAACUUAACCCGGGUGGUCAAAAUUAAUACCGAGUCCCCCCACAACGGCGUGUCUCAUAAUCAUACCGUGGUUGUGGCAUGCAAAAACCCCAGAAUUUUAUUUAAUUUAACGUCGUUAAGCUGUCGGUUGUUCGAAACAUCGAGGACGGAAGGAGCUCCGGUAAUACAUUCGCAGCAGCGUGCUGUGUGCAGUAUUGUGACGAUAAUUCGAGUUGGAGGAAAGAAAAGAAAAUACAAUAUGCAGCAACGAAACAUUAGAUGACUAUUUAUAAGGCCGCGUUAAAAUGUCACCGAUCCAGUAGAGGCAGAUAGAGGCAAGCACUCACCAGUAUUGUAUAUACCAGUUUUUUUUUUCUUGUGAUUUGCGCAUUCCUCCCAUGCGCAGAAACAGAACGGUGAAAUGAGCGUGAUUUAUCACCAACCAGGGCGCUUUUGUAUGCGUGUCCUUUGCUGAAAAACGACAGACACACAACUGAAAAAAAAAAAAAAGUUUUACAAAAGGUGUUUGGAAAUCCGCGGAUUCCUCCACUUCGGCAAUGACGAACGUGCGCGAUCACGUCGUGUAGCAACCGUAUGCGACAGUGAUGACGACCGAACAAGCGAAGCGGCAGCCUAUAGGGGCUAUAGAGGAGCCCCAGCCGAUGUCGAAAUUGCGGAACGCCGACGACGACUUUCCGUUUCGUCUGUUCUAUUUAGGCGAAGUCCUCCCGGCUUUUCGCCUGAACUUUUUUCUUUUUUCUUCGCGUUCACCUCGGGCCCACUCUCUUGCGCGCCCUGUGAAACAUUCUGCACCGAUGUGCUGCUCCUGUUCUUUGUCCCCGUCGUUAUAGCGGCAAGCAGCGCCGCGCAAGCAUCAAUCGUUUCGCAAUCGACUCGAGUCUGCGGCACAUCUGCACUGCCUAAGCAAGCUUGGCUGUCGUCAGGAGGGCCGCGUUGAAAUGCUCGCUUGCAGGCACGGAGAGGCGAAAAAGACAAACAAAGCACAAAGAGAACUCGGCGACAUGCUUGUGAACAUGAGGGCGCUUCCAGGAAAUCUUGAGAAGGCGCGGCUGUGACGUUAGGGCGCAUUGUAGCAAUACCAGAGCAAAAGGUCGCCCGGCCAAUGCUUCCAGAAAGCCUCGGAUGUGAAUAUACAUAAACGAUACGGAAAGCGGCAGAUUAUGUGCUAGGCAGCGGAGGCGCGAUACAUUAAACAUGAAGUCAGAAGGAAAAGAACAACAUACCGAGACCCGAUUAAUCAUACAUUGUUGCCGCGAAAAAAAAACUACCGGUGCUCGCUCGUUACUGACGCUCUAAAUUACAUAACGCUUCAGGCUCAGCCGAGGCACACCUCUGCCACUCUAUCUAGCAUUUCUUAAUUUCCUUUUUGAAAAUUGUACUUGUGUGCUUAAGAGAACGCGUUAGAACUUGCGCCGAAACUGAACAUCCGCCGGCGCCCACCUUGCAGCCCCCCUCCAUUCAAACUUUUCUUGCAUAUUCACUCGUGAGUCACCUCGAGAUAGUAUUUCUGGAUGGCAGAGCAUUGGAUGACGUCAUGAGAUUACGAAAUAUGCAGUCAUAUAGUGAAGCGCUUGGCUCACGUAGGAUGCGGACAGACGUUAGCUCGAGCCUUGCACGUUAGAUCUACAUCCACGAAGCGUCAGAAAGGAAAAGCAUAAAAAAAGGCAUCGGACACACUGUACGACCGUGUGAAGCCAUAUCGCACCGAACUUGAACCGAGCGUCGUACUAGGAAGCUUAAAAAGCGAUCGCCGAUGAUCGAGCCGUUAUAUUUCAUCAGCAUCAGCAGACCGUUAAUUGCUGUCUUGAUCUUAAAUGUCUAGGGCCGUAAAAGAAAAGAAAAAUUUGCAGUGAUCACCUUGCGCUUUUCUACUUUCUUUCUUUCAUUUUUCUUUUUUUAUAAGCUUUCCCUUCCCAUUUAUUUCGAUCGCGAAGCGAACGUGAUAUCCAGUUUCGGCGAUAAACUGGAGAACGUGCGGAGGCGAUACCUGCGCGUACAGCAUAAAAGCAAUGCGCCGCUCCCUGUGUGACUAUACUUGCGCAAGUUGUGAUUUAAGUGGCCGCGAAUUUGAAGGAAAAAGAACUCUCGAUGACAAAGCGGCGUUGUCCGCGCACGACAGAUGGCUCAACCCAUUCAGCAGCGCUUCCGACGGCUUAAUUAAAGCAGCGACUGGUCGUUAUAUAUGUGUAGGCGGCGGGAGAGAUGCUGCGACGCCGGCCUAUUCGCAAAUCAUUUACGCCACCUCAUUGUGAAGGCGCUUGUAGAAUGGCCUAAAUUAUGGAAAACGAUCAUCCUUUUGUGGUUGUUGUCCCCAGAGUGUUUACGUCGCUUCCAUUGACCUUAACGAGAGACGGAGUAAAAAAAAAAAAAAAUGAAGUAAACUGAUGCUUAAAAAGGAAGAAAUAAUGCGUGUUUCAAACAUUGCGAAAGCUGAAAUUUCGCUGAGAGAUGCAUAAAUGAAAAGACAAGGAGAUUCUAGCGUAUAUAGUGAUGACGCUGUAUAACGCGUUGCAUCGUUUGUAGACAUUUUUUUUUUUCUGUCUCCGCUAUGCAGUUCUGCUUUUGGGCACGAGGUCGCGGGUACGAUUCCCAUCCGCCAAAUCUGUAUUCCAUUGGGUGACUGAAUUCGAAAAAAAAAAAAAUUCUUGCGUGCCAUGCUUUGAGCGCAAGUUAAUAAUGCAACUUGGUCGAAAUUAAACCGGUGCCCCGCACGAAGCCUUCUUUAUUAGCUCGUUAGUAACUUUUUUGGACAUUCAAACUUACAAUUUAGUUUAAUUUUUUUUUCGCUCUAUCUUCCCUGGCCGUUACGAAACGAUUGGUCUGAGUCACCGUCCGCACCAAUUCGUUGAGACAUGUUUAGUACCGAAACCAGAGUCGGCUAUCUCUAUACGUCAGCUUAAUAUAGUCAGGCUUGGAGGAGUGUUACAUGAACGUACCUGCGUUCGAUGUGAAAUUAAAUGAAAGCAGUACUAACAGGAGAUACUAGCGAACUGAGACGUGCACGACGAUUGUUCCCGUCGCACCGGUCUUAAGAAAUUUAAUUGAGAAUCGUAAUAACUAUUUGUUGCCUUCACCCUUUCUCUUGAUUGCUGUUUGCUUUGCAGAGUUCGUAAAAGUACAGCUAUACGAACUUUCGUAGGCAGUCGGACGCAUCCUAUCCUGGAAGUCCUUUUUCGGCAGUAAACAUUUGCAGGAUUUAGCCAAGCAGCAACGACUUUUCAAAUUCGUAUAAUUCGCUGAAGAAGCGUCGCAUAGAUAUAAGGCUGAAAAUAGUUAAGGUGUAAGCUAUUACUGCUACAGAAUUUUAAAGACCUUUGUAGGCCUCAUGGGACUGCAGUUCGCAUAGCCAGAAGUAUAGGUAGUUUCGUGGAAAUCGCGCUUGUCGUAAAGCAUCGUUCGCUGCCAAUUCAGUUCGGCUGUGCUCCCCCAUGUUCGGCGAUAUGGGCUAGCUUUUAUACAUUUUUGCAGGAUCAGCAUGGCUGCAAUAUUUUUUUUUCUUAGAGGAUACUGUCACUUCUCGCCUCUGAAACUUCACAAGACACACAAAACAGAGUGAACAUUCUCUUUGCCUCUCUUGUACAGGUGCGAUUAUGAUAUAUGUGUGUGUGUGUACAGACUCACUUUGCAUUCAGGGAAUUAUGCUCGCACAGAAAUGGCAAGCCUGUUACUCCGUCGUGCUCGGACACGAUUAACGACGCACUGGAACCGUCGCGAUUAGGAAAGAAGCAGAAAAAGGAGUGAAAAAGUAGACGCGGUUUUCUCGCAACAAGUUGUUGUCGACGGCCGUUUUUUCCUGGUAGUCUUCGCAUUAGGUGAUGCAUGUGCUCGCAUUCUGUUUAAACAUUCGCUUUCAUUUAUGUUGACCUGUCCAACACGUACUCCGUUUGAUACGUGCUCGCAAAGCUUCAGUCGUCCACACUUUGUUGAUGGAAGCUGUGUGCUUCACGUGUCUAUAGUUCUCCAGAAGUGAGCUUCUGAAAGCGGUAACCACAUGAAGCGUAUUUCACGCGCCACUGCGUCUGUCUCCCGCCGCGCGAAAAUCAAGUUGUAUUCAGGGCUGAUUUGUGUAUUCGUAAGUUGAUUCCAAGUUAAAGUGCCAGCAGCCACACGGGAUGCGUUUCUGUCGUAAUCGCAGCCUGGGCAUAAGGGGCGGCGUGAAAGAUGCGCGGGGAGGCAGCGCCUAAAAUACGCGCGAAAUACGCAUCACGUGGUUCGCUGCUAUCGGGCCGCGAGGUGUCGCAAAGUCGCUGCAUGUAGCGCCGUCUAGUGGUUGUCGCUUUUAUCACUCAAGGGAUGUUCUCUUGCACAUCUUAGGAAACUUCUGCGUUCGAGGUCAUCAGAUGCUGCAGCGAAAGAGAUCUUUCUAAAAACUUCUUCUUUCGGCCUCUUUUCUUUUUUUUUUUAACUGCAAUUGGCAAAUGUAAGGAAGGUUAGGCAAAGGAAAGACUAACGCAUUCCCUUUGGCAUCUAGCGAUGUGUUAAAGCUAUAAGAAUCUAUUCUGGGAUUAAGAGAUGGCAACUUCGUAUUUGCCUAACACUACGACGCUUAUCUAACAGGUGCUCCGGCAGCCCCUUGUUGUAUGUGCGUGCCUAAAGUGGCAUUGUGACACGUCGCAAAGCGUAGCCGUCUUUGUUGUUCUGCGGGGCUUAUUCUUCGUGUUCCGUUUAGAGAGACAUAACAAAAAAUUGUUGUGCUUCAGCCAUCUGGUACCUCUUUUCUUUCUUUUUUCCUGAAAGAGGGGGCGCAGCCAUAUGUGCGGAGGUCUGAAAAAUAAUAUAAACGUGUGAAGGUCAAAUAAUGACACUUUACGUGUAACACAGAAACAUCAUCCCUGCAGUAGCAAUAGUACACAUUUUUUUUACAUUUUUUUUGCAUCAUCGACACUAUAAUAUGUCUCGUGCAGUGCGCGCGCCUACUUGCCUACCUCACCAUGUCCUAAAUUUUCAGCAAGUAUGCCAUCACCGCAUGCAGCUACCUAGCGAAAGAGCGUCAGUUGCGAGGCAUGGCUUGUUCAGAGAUAUCGUGAUGGAUUGAACGCUUUUUCCGACAGUUGCACCUGGUAGCACAUUUAGCAGGCCUUGGCGAGAUUUAGGCGUUAAAAGAAACUACGCCGAAUUAGCGGCGACUCGAAAACGGAUAGAAUUUACUCCACUCUCGGUUUCUUAGACGGCAUCCGCGUGCAUUACAAGGCAUGCGGGAUUUAUUUGGGUCUAACGCUCUUUGGAGUUCAUUAUAGCCUAAAUUUCUGACGGAAUCGCAUGUGUCGAUGAAUGUGCCUAAGCGUUUCGCCGUUAUUUUCUUCGAUUAAGCAGCUGGCAGAAUACCCGGGCAGCGUCGUGCAGUGAGAAAAUAUCUUUCGUACGCGAUGUACGAAAACUCUUUAGUGUUAAAUUGACCCGCGCUGGUUAAACUGAGUUUUAGUAAAAGCAACUAGCAGUUACAGCACUGGGUGUACAAAAGACUUGUGUGUGCAUUAAGACCGCAAGAUUGCGUUGCGCACGUGAAAAAAACGUUGUUCGUAUGCGAAUUGGCGGGCCUUAUUGCUACCGCGAGCCUUUUCUGCCUGUGCUAUAUAUAUUCUUCUUUAUUGUGUGAGGUCUGCGUUAGUGACUGUCUUAUUUGUGUCGCGCCGAACCUAUUCCGGUUGUGGGACUGUCGUCACGAUUCUUGCGAGCUACGGUACAUGAUUCUCGCCCCCUCUUUCUUUAUAGAGCUGGUGUUUUUUGCUCCGGUGACUUUCCUUGAAUGCGCAAAUGACCACUCGUGUGCUGUUUUUCCAACUCAGCUUGCUUUAUUUUUUUGUGUGUGCCUGCUUUUCGUAUUUCUCAUCCUAAUUGAUGCCUUAUUUUUUUUAACAUACCAAGUGAACGAGCCACUGGUGUGAUCACGCUCGAAUCAUUGUAUACGUUGUUGUCUCGUAUAGUGUGUGAUCGCGUUUGGUUUCUUGCUCCAUGCUUAUCACUACAUUCCAGGAGAAGUGAACGUAUGUUUGUAAUAUGAUAGAGCGAGAAGUGGAAAAAAUAACAGAGAAAAGAAACUAUUUCCCCACUCGAGCACGGUGUUGUGUUCCGUGCCUCGAUCGAGUCAUUGAAAUUUUCUUUUUUUUUUCGCUUGUGUACAUAGAACCGCCUGAACGUGAGAGCGUGCGUGUGUGUAAGUGCGACGGGCGAUUACAUGUGUGUAUGUGUGUGAAAAAGACAAGAAGACGAAGUGAUGAGCUAUAGUGCAUAUGUGUAUGCGUGACGCGUGGUGCGCCUGGAACUAUAGUGAAACGACGGUGGCGCCGUGUUUUUUUUUUUUUUUCCUCGACAUACACACACUGACGAUGGUGUACAUAGAAACACAAGAGACUGCGAGAGAGAAAGACUGGUCUAUAUAUGUAUACUAUAUAUAUAUAGUUGUCUAUGACCAUCCCUUUUCUUUUGCAUUUUCGCCGCUGUGGAUGGCCAAUGAUCGCGUUUGCUGUGUGACUGAGUGUGUACAUCGCUUGCUCUUUCCGUCUGUGACGAAUUCACUCCGCCUCUCUACCUCCCAGCCCCAUUUCCCUCCGAACGUUCUUCUUUGGUAUGUGUCCUAUGUCGCAGCGCCAUCUAUUGGCGCGCGGCUGAUGUGCGUGUCUGCACACCUCGACAUGCACGUGACCGCCAGGCAAGUGUCGGCCUCCACAAACCACUUGUUUCUCUCCUUCUUCCUGUCUUACUUCUUUAGGUUUUCUUCCUAUUUUUUUUCUUUCAUUUCCAAAUGAGCGAACGAUGUAAGAAAUGUGAACAGAAGAGUGGUGAUUAUAUGCGGACAUUUUUAUGAUGGACACAGUUCGUAUACAUAAAUAUAUUUGUGCCUGUAAAAAGCAAAA